GGCCCCUAUUCCCCAGAACACCAAUAAUAGCCCCCUUUAAAACAUUUACCUUCCUCCCUGCUCCUCCUCCUCCCCUCCCCCCACCCGCCCCCAACUCACAACUCUGUUGAGUCCAGAAUCUCAGAAUCAGGCGUUGGGCUUUGCCGGGUGCUUCAGAUCAAUGGAUGAGUUCCACCCGUUCAUUGAGGCGCUGCUGCCUCACGUCCGAGCCUUCUCCUACACCUGGUUCAACCUGCAGGCACGGAAACGCAAGUACUUCAAGAAGCACGAGAAGCGGAUGUCGAAGGAUGAAGAGCGGGCGGUGAAGGACGAGCUGCUGGGCGAGAAGCCCGAGAUCAAGCAGAAGUGGGCAUCCCGGCUGCUGGCCAAGCUACGCAAGGACAUCCGGCCUGAGUUCCGCGAGGACUUCGUGCUGACCAUCACGGGCAAGAAGCCCCCUUGCUGCGUGCUGUCCAACCCCGACCAGAAGGGCAAGAUCCGCCGGAUUGACUGCCUGCGCCAGGCCGACAAGGUGUGGCGGCUGGACCUGGUCAUGGUGAUUUUGUUUAAGGGGAUACCCCUGGAAAGUACUGACGGGGAGCGGCUCUACAAGUCGCCCCAGUGCUCGAACCCCGGCCUGUGCGUCCAGCCGCACCACAUUGGAGUCACAAUCAAAGAACUGGAUCUUUAUCUGGCUUACUUUGUCCACACUCCGGAAUCCGGACAAUCAGAUAGUUCAAACCAGCAAGGAGAUGCGGACAUCAAACCACUGCCCAACGGGCACUUAAGUUUCCAGGACUGUUUCGUGACUUCUGGGGUCUGGAACGUGACUGAGCUGGUGAGAGUAUCACAGACACCUGUUGCUACAGCAUCAGGGCCCAACUUCUCGCUGGCGGACCUGGAGAGCCCCAGCUACUACAACAUCAACCAGGUGACCCUGGGGCGGCGGUCCAUCACCUCCCCUCCUUCCACCAGCACCACCAAGCGCCCCAAGUCCAUUGAUGACAGUGAGAUGGAGAGCCCUGUCGACGAUGUGUUCUAUCCCGGGACAGGCCGCUCCCCAGCAGCUGGCAGUAGCCAGUCCAGCGGGUGGCCCAACGAUGUGGAUGCAGGCCCGGCUUCUCUAAAGAAGUCAGGAAAGCUGGACUUCUGCAGUGCCCUCUCCUCCCAGAGCAGCUCCCCGCGCAUGGCUUUCACCCACCACCCGCUGCCUGUGCUUGCUGGAGUCAGACCAGGGAGCCCCAGGGCCACAGCGUCCGCGCUGCACUUCCCCUCGACAUCCAUCAUCCAGCAGUCGAGCCCGUACUUCACACACCCAACCAUCCGCUACCACCACCACCACGGACAGGACUCGCUGAAGGAGUUUGUGCAGUUUGUGUGCUCCGAUGGCUCGGGCCAGGCCACCGGACAGCAUUCGCAGCGACAGGCGCCUCCUCUGCCAACCGGUUUGUCAGCAUCGGACCCCGGGACGGCAACUUUCUGAACAUCCCACAGCAGUCUCAGUCCUGGUUCCUCUGAUAAGAUCGACAAAAGAAAAGACAAAAUAAAAAGAAGAGGUUCCUCAAAAGGGGGCAGAAGAAAUUUUGAGACAUGGAAAAAUCCCCCAGCCCAGCCCCACCGAAAAGCAAAAAUUAGACUACGUCAGCCACUCAGCCCUUCUCUCCUCCAGCCCGGGGCCCCUGCAGGCCCCCAGAAGCAGCCCAGUUCUCGGAGAACCCUCGAGGGGUCUCGGGUGGAGCUGUGCACCAGCAGCCAAGCAGAAAGAAACAUACAAAACAGACUGUCAAGUAAAAGACAAAACGAAAGAAAGGGAUGCAGAACUGCCUUCCUUCCCCACCCCAUCCUGGCCUUCUGGGGAAGGAACAGAAUCCCCAGACAAAGCAACCAGCACGGUUUUGAAGGGGCCUGCCCUCCCUCACCCCUUCCUAGGGGAACGCCACCCCUCAACUUGGACCCGAAGGGGAAGACAACAAACAGGAGUUUAGAACAAGAGGGCUCGUCCCUCCAGGCACCCAUCUCCUCCUUCCCUCGUUGUCUCUUCCCUCUUCUUCUCUUGGAUGCUCUGGACUGGGUGAGGCAGGGCCAGCAGCCUCCAUUGCUCCCUGGCCCAGCCUCGGGCUAAAAGCCCCAAGGUGGGGAAUGGGCGUGCCCUCUGGAGCUAGGUGCAGGAGCCCAGAAUGGAGGGCCUUGGGCCAUUCCACCCUGAACCUCAGGGGCAGUAUUCGGGGCCUGACCCCUCUCUCUGUACAGUCCAUGGGAAAAGGUUGGAAUGCUCUCGGUCGGGCCUCAUCCCACCCUGACAGGCCCCCCUCUUCCCUCUCUCCGCAGGCCAGGAGGGCCACCCUCCUGCCGUGCAGUGAGUGAGGGGAGUUGGCCCCUAGGCCUCCCCCAUGCCCCAGCCCCUAAUGUAAGUGCCCUCACUCUGCCCCACUGGUCCCCACCACAGCCCCACAUGCCCAUGCCAACAGCCCUGCGCCUGGGGCUGGCCAGAGACUGGAGAAGAAGGGGCCAGAACCGAGCUGAGUGCGGAAGACAAGGUGUGGCCUCCACUAGGUAGGCAUCAUUCGUCCUUUGGGGGUGUUGGCCAUCACACUUCUCAAAAGCGUUCUGGAGCUUUCUCUGUCCACCUUCCUCUACCACACCACCCUCUGGGCCACUUCUCUCUGGGUUUUAGCUGUAAUGUCUUUUACUCUUUAUUUAGGGGUGGGGCAUUGUUUGAGUCUUUUGCCAUUGCAGUUAGGAAUUCCUCCAUUUGAGCAACUUGGGAACAAUUUGGUAACACACCACAGGAAGUAGCCCCCCCCAGCCCCCUCCUCCCCAAGGGACGGUUGUGGGGGGGUCCUGUCCAGAGGGUCUUCAGAAGUCCCUGAGAAGGGAAGGGAGCAUGAGUAUGACAGCACCCCCGCCCCCCCCCACCAGGGUGUGACCUGGCCCCUCUGGCUUGUCUUUCUGUGCCUUACUCCCUUCUCCCUGCGUCCUCCCCUCCUGGGCCUCUGCUCCUCCUUCCUCUCCUUUCCUCCUCUUUCUCCUCUUCCCAGUCUUGUGCCUCUCUCCCUCUCUCUCUCUCUCUCUAACUGGAUGAAAACAAAAAGCAUAGGUCGGGAUCCUCAGAAAGUCAAUCAACAUUGUACCACAUAGGGCUGAGUUACAGGCUUUAUUUAUUGCAAACCUAGUUCGUGAGGCUAUGGCCCCAAGCUCACAGGUGGGAGGAGCAUUUUGGGGGGAGGCCUGGGUUACCUGAGGCAGUAGGGGUAGGGUAGGGUUGGGGUGGCCCCCCAUCCCAGCUGGAAGCCACAAGGUGGCUGCCCCUGGGAGCAGCUUUUAUUAGAAAUUGAAGAAAGCCCCCCUGCCCAUCUGCAUGCAGCCCUGGGGAACGACUGGGACUGAGACGAAGGGGGCUGGGGAUCCCCAUGGGAGCUGCCCUGGCGUGGGGUGGAGGGCUAGGGGUGGGGGGCCGGGGGGACCGGGCGUCACGCCUGGUCAAGUGCAAUGAUUUUUCAGUUCGGUUGGCUAAACAGGGUCAGAGCUGAGAAGGGAAAGGAAGGGACCCCCGCCCAGCCACUCCAGCCCCUUCCCUCAGAGACAAUCGGGCCGCGGGUGCGGCGGGGCCUGCGGGAUCCGGGGGUCCCGCGUUCUGGCGGCCCGCGCCCGCGAGGUCGGAAGCUGCAGGCCAGCUGGGCCCGGGCCCGGGGCGAGCCCGGCGAGGGGUUGCGCGGGGCGGGCGGAGCUACCGCUCCUUUCCCCAGUAUCGUCGUUAGGGGCAAGCGAGGGGCGACGAGGGCGACAGGAAAUGUGGGGACGUGUUAGAAGAGAGGGAAAAAUAAAAACACCCCACAAAAAUAUGUAUAUGGGGGAGAUUAACUUUUUUUUUUUUCAUUGAACCAAGUGCAAUGCAUCGGAGAGUUUUCCUAUCUUUGUAUGUUAAGAGAUUGUUAAGGAAAAAAUUUUCUAUUUUUGUUGUAAUGUCCUCGCGGCUCUGGGGACGCUAAAGAACCGGGCCUGCCCCGUCCUGAGCGGGGAUAACGAAAGCUGAGUGCUUUUUCCUUUUUUUUUUUUCGUUCGUUUUCAGUUUUAUUUUUUUAAGUCGUUUUCCUGCGUUGAGGAGGAUGAUCUGGGGUUUUUAUUUGUUUUGUCGUUCGUUCUCGGUUUCGGUGGGAGGGCUGAAGGAAACGUUCACAUUUUAGAACUAAAAAAAAAAAAACCUCGAUAUUAGGAAAAAAAAAGAUCAAAAAAGGAAAAG